UUGCGACUGUUGACCAAGACAUUCGACGUGAGGGAUGUCGCGGCAACUCUUCGUGGCCAAGCGCGUGGAGGCGAAUGUCGUGGAGGUGGGCGAGGCCAACUACGUCGAGUUCAGUUUCCAGCGUCGGGAAGCUGUCAAAUUGGACGAGGCCGUGCUCGGGCACAUUCAUUUCCUUUGGGACCUCGCCGCAAAAGACACGGCGGGGAGGUUGCACCAGACCUCGUACUUGGACUUGUUUCAGCUUAUCGCGUACGUGGUUGUCAGCACUGCCACCAUAGAAUCGGCUCGAGAACUUGCACAGCGAGAUUGGGCGCACGAUGCUCGGGGUCGGGCGUCGCUCAACCUUUCAGACUUUGUCGACGCUGUGUUUGAGAUCUGCGACCUCUUUUGUCCGUACACGGAUUCACACGAGUAUUGCGUCUUCCUCAUGGACGUGCGUCGGUCCAUCACCAUCCAGGACGUGAGCGACGCAUGUUUCCAAGCUACAGUCCCGGAACUGCAGCCUUUGCUAAAGGAGGUCGUGCCUCACCGCUUGCGCACCCCCUCUGAACUCAAGAAAUUCAUCGUGAAAGCACUCGAUGUGGACAACAACGACGCCGACGCGCUCCUACGAAACAACCGCAAUGGUGACUGGAUCACUGGGUUCCCCGUCACCCAGCCCGAGUUUAAGUCUCUGUCGUUCAAAGCCGUUGUCUGUGCCAUGCACUCACCGCUAUUUGGUGCAUUUUCGCAGAAGUUACACGCGAUUACCAAAGGCCAGCUCGAGUCCGAGUACCGACUGUACCAAGCCAAGCAGCCCCCGCCGAGAAUGCUGCGGGAGUCCAAGUCCAGCGUCCUCGCGGCGGUGGCGUCGGCAAAACCGGCAGCCAGCGCGUUGCAGAUCCCGUUCAUGACGGACCGCAUCCGCCCCGAAGUGUGGGACCCCGAAGUCGCCAACCUGCUGCAAAACAUCGCCCCGCGACCCGGGAUUUGUGUCGUGGGACCCCCUCGGUCCGGCAAGACGCGACUUGCCGCCGCGCUCGCAGCCAUCCUGGGCGUGUCGUACUUUUCGAUUCCGCUAGUCCUCGACAUCGCUGCAAAGACGUCACCCCCGCCCCCGGGGGCGACGGAGGUCACCCCCCAGGCAGAAUUGUACGCGACCAUUCGUGAGGUGUUGUUGGCAGGUCGUACAGUCUCCCGGGAGCAAGCCGUGGCAGCGCUGUUGUAUCACAUGGUCGAGUCGUUGAAUGGCGCGCAGGGCUUUCUUGUCGACGACUUGUAUCCACACGAUGCUUGGGGCAGCGAUGCGUUUCUCGGCCUGCAUUUCUCUCAUGUGGUGUGUUUGACGGGGUCACAACCGAAUUGUGCCGAGCACGUGGCAUCCAUUUCGUUUUGUCCCAAGCGUCGGUUGUUGUAUUCGGCGCGGGACCUCGCGCAAUUUACAGGCGUCGUGGGCUUUGCACACACAUACGUGGAGCCAGGAGCGGCAGCUUUAGCCCCGUCGACUGGUGUUGUGGAGACCCCCCUUGUUUCCGACGAAAGUGCAGAGGGCAAGGAACUAGUUGACGACGAAGACGAAGGCGCCACCAAAGACGUUAAACCUUCUGCGGACUUGCUUCGAUUUCCUCGACAAUCCCUUGAUCAAUUCGCAGCACACACGUUGCCAGUUCACCAAGAUCGUGUAAUCAACAUGGGCAACGUGUGGCUACGGACGUUCGAAGCAGAGUUCACGGCGUAUGAGAGAAGUGUGGCCAAGACUAUGGCGACGGUGCCAGCCGACACGCAAGUCGUACGCAUCGUGUUUCAUCAGUCUCCCAUCGGGAUAUUGCAGCAGGCAGUGGGGGUCAUCACCGGGAGCCGUCCGCCUCUUUCCCGCCUGCCCCCGUCCUUGUCUGCGGUCCGCGUGGACUUGCCGCCGGAAGUGUUGGCGACGAGUCGCGGGGAUCAGAUCCGGUGGCUCCUCUACGGCGACUGGUCGACCCUUUUACAAGAUGGUGGACCUCUCGCUUCCGUCAAGCACCUGGUGCCGCCGUCCGAGCCUCGAAAACUGUCUGUCUUUCGGGGGUUUUGUCCUGUGAACCCGAGUCACCACGGCCAGCCCACGUUUGCAGCACUCUUCUCGGGCAGGGUGUACUUGCUAUCGUCGAUGGAAGCCCUUGACGCCUUUCGAGUGUCUCCACAGCAAUUCAUUGAACGGGUGCUGUCGCCCCUGAACGAACUGCGGCUCCCUCGACUACAAUCGCAAAUAAAGCGACUGUGGCUCGUCGUCGCCACCACGACAUUGUCGCAGUCGUUGUUCUCGCUACCUCGAGUCGCGACCGCCGUAGCCACAGACAUCACACAUUCGGUCGCCAAUAGUGUCGUGAUCGAACCGACGGGGGUCUUGUCGGCUCCGCAGAAUCCGGAGAUCACAAGCAAGUUAACUGCAGGAGAGAGUGUCCCUCACGACGUGGUGACCAAGGAGAUGUUGCAGCGGUUGCUAGGUCAAGGCCAGGAUCCGUGGGUAGUCCAUGGCCUCCCAGUAGCCGCAACGACGUGGACUUCCAUGAAGGAUUUGAAUAUUUUACCCGACGCCGUUCUAGUGUUUGACCCACCCCCCAGCGGCCCUGAUGUCCCCCCUCCAACCAGUCAAGAAAAGGAACACCGCGCCUCCGUCCAAGCCCUUUUGACGCUGAUUGCAGCCGACAAUGUGGCCGUCGUCACGAUUGCUAUGGAUGCUGCUACCACGGACGACGACAUUCUUGUAGCGUUGCAUCGGCGGUUGGAUCCGUGGUACUCAAACCGCCUAGAUGCCGACGAAGAUGGCGGUAGCACCAGCACGACCCCUCCGAUGUCUGCGUUAGAAGAGGCGGCACGGAAGCAAUGGGGAGAGACCGGAUUGUUCUGCCCCGUCACGUAUUCUACGGCCCCCCUGUGGCGACUUGUGCCAGGAAAGCCCACCGAAUAUGUCAGUUACAUGCGCCAACGGACGUAUGCCUUCGCUGGCGCUGCUGAGAAGUCUGCCUUUGAUCGGAAUCCACGCAAGUACAUUCCACAAAGUGCCUCGACAACCUUUCGCCCGAUUGUGUUGCUGCUGGGACUAUCCACGUCUGGCCGACGCACGGUGGCCCGAGCAUUGGAGGAGAAAUGGCACGCCACGUCAUUCCAGAGCGAUCGGGUGCUGGAUUCGUACAGUCGCCUCGUCGCUAUCGAAAAAUUCAACGCCGGGGGGAACAACGAAGAUCCGGACGAGGUCGACGAAGCCGUGAAAGUGCAGCUCUACGGAUCGUGUUUGGCUGCCGAGUGGGCGGCGGUGGACGGCAGCGGGUCGGCGCCGUAUAUUCUUCCGGGGUUUGGGUACGGUGCAUCGCGCAUUCCGUCACCCGAGUUGCUCGCGAUGUGUGUGGCGCGCAAAUGGUUUCCAUUUGUGGUAGUUCCGUUGCAAGUGGAUGCUGCGACGGCACUACAACGGACGAUGCAAGCGUGGACGUACACCCCACCGUCCAUGCCUUCAGACGAUGCAGAUGGCGAUGACGUUCCAAACGAAGGUCCUAAGGAGAAGGCCGCGCGCUUGGCAGCAGAAGAAGCAAUUGCUCGCGAGGAAGAGACGGUCAGGGUCACUGAAAUCAUCACGGCAGAGCUCGAAGCGGUGUCUGCUGCCUUGGAGUUCUUCAAAGAGCAAGGAAUCCGCAUUGCCGAUGCCGUGGACGCCAAUCGAGGCCAGAAGCGCGUCGCCAAGGAUACCGUGUCAAGUCUCCUCAAGGCGGGGUUGGCAAGACAAGCCAACAUCUUUUGUCUGCCAGAGACGACUGCGUUGGAGCGUGCGCGGACGCUUGUGGCCGCUGGCUACUGGACCAUUGGACACCAUGGACCCCAUUGUCCGGUGGCCGGGCCUUCCCACCGGUCGACCGAUCCGCUAGACUCGCAGUUGUGCGUCGCAUAUCGGGGCAGGGUGUAUACACCGAGCGAUGUGGCAGCGUUUACGGCGGCACCGUGGUCGUUUGCAAGUAAACCGACUUUCCCAACUGUGCCGGGCGUGGCGGUGGCGGUGCUGGGCGGCCCUUGUAGCGGACAAACAACUGUCGCCAAGGGGCUGUGCGCCAAGUUUGGGGCUGUGUAUAUUUCGCCCCACAGCGCAUUCCAGUGGGUGUAUGCGUGUCAGCGCGGCACCACGUUGUGGGCGCCCGUGAAAGCCCUAAAGUCGAACUGCGACACGGUCGAAUUUGACUUGUCCUUGGUCACGGAUGCGUUGCUGCUGCAGGUCCUCGUGGCUCGAAUCCGGUCGUUUGAGUGCCAGCAACGCGGGUGGGUCGUCGAUGGGUUUCCCAGCAACGUGGCCCAGUGGACGGCGUGGGAAAACGUGGGGGACGUGUUGCCGUCGUCGGUGGUGUGGCUGGAAGGCUCUCCGUACACGUUGCUGGCCCACGCUGCGCAGGCGCACGGGGCGACGUCGGUGGCGUUGCUCAAACGCAUCAAAACAUGGCAGGCUGCGCGCGUGGCGUUGCUGGUCGCCAUGACGCAAACCUACGGUGCAGGGUUCGUCCAUUGCCUUUCUGUGGACGGAAACUCUGCGUGGAAGGUAGUCGCCCAUGCCCAGCAAGUGAUCGGACAUGUCGUAGACGCGACCUCCAAGUACUGGCAGGCGCUGGCGUCGCAUCGACCUGCACCUACGUUCAACAUCCGCCUCGCGCAAUCGCAGGUCCAACUGCACCCAACGAUCGCCACGUAUUGUCCAGUGGGUCUGGCUGUGCAACGCGCGGUCCGUGGCCACGUGCUGGACCGAGAGUUGUUGGUGGAGUACCAGUCGUUCCAGUAUUAUCUCGGCCAUCCCGACAAUAUGGCGUCGUUCUUGGCCAAUCCAGGUAAAACCCUCGCCGCCGCCACGGCCGUGCAGCCGCCGCUGGCUCGCGAUGUGGGCCCAGGCACGUUGCUGUGCCACGGGGUCAUCGUUGCAUUGGGAUUCCAGGGAUAUUGCCCCGUUACGUACAAGGACGGCCACGGUCCUUCCGACUGGUCGUCUAUUCGAAAGGGAUGCCCGUACAUUCUUGCGGCACUGCACCAGACCAUCUAUUGCUUUGUCGACCACGCAGCCAAACAGAGAUUUCUCGUCGAGCCGUUGUUGUAUGCGUCGCAGCAACUGCCGGCGAAACUGCCGCCCCUUGUGGACGCGGCGCCGUUGAAUGUGACGAUCCCAGGGCGAUUAGAACAAGCUUUGACUCGGGCGACGGAAGAGGCCAUGGUCGCGUUAGGCGCCGAGCGAUUCAAGUUUCCAUUUGUGAGCGCUCAAGCGUCGGCCGUUGUGUACGUGGCACUGUUUCUCAAGUCGAAAAAGAAGUUUUCCAACCAGCAACACCACGACAGUCCUCGCCAAGUGCAGGCGUUGCUCCAGAACUUCGUGGACGACUGUCGGCUGGGGCAAGAAAUCAAGGAACUCACGGCGCCAGUGGGGUCCGCAGUCAAGGGGGUGCGAAGCAUGCGUGAAAAGGGGGAUGGCAGCGACGUUCAAGCGAAAAAUACCCGGUUUGACGUCCUCGUGGCAACCCCUCAUGCAGUAUUUCGAGCGUAUGCAACCCGAGGACUCGAGAAAUAAAAGUGUGGUGUUCGAAUUUCAGCUUAACAUUAGCAUGGACUCACAAUAGUGCAUUGCUGCUUGCAAAUGGUAUUUAUUACAGUAACAGUAAAGCCUGAGAUAUCAAGUUGGUGCAGUAUUGGUUGGAUUGGGGUUGAUGCGAUAAACGAAAAAAUAUGACUCAUUCAUUAUACACAUAUUUAAUUAUGUUGAAUUCAC